UUCUAGGGUUUAAUCGGGGGAUAGAGUCUCUCAGCAGUUAUUACACCCAGCAACCCCCUGACCAUGCUGUAAAUUGAGACCUCGAUCACGCUCCAUGAACUACGACGACGACGACUACUAUUCAUCACAUCACCUCUAAAAUCAUGGAAGACAACCCUCCUUCCUCCCCAGAACAACCAGAUCCCAAAAAACUCAAAAUGUCCACCACCACCACGGACGACGACGACACCACCUCGGCCACCACCACAGAUAAAAAAGAACGAUACAAGCGCCGCAAAAUCGCCAUCUUCUUCGCCUACUGCGGCGUCGGCUACCAAGGCAUGCAAAAAAACCCAGGCGCCAAAACCAUCGAAGGCGACCUCGAAGAAGCCCUCUUCCUCUCCUCCGCCAUUCCCGAACCCGACCGCGGUCUCCCCAAGCGCUUCGACUGGGCCCGGUCCGCUCGAACCGACAAGGGCGUCAGCGCCGUCGGCCAGGUCGUCUCCGGCCGGUUCUACAUAGACCCGCCCGGUCUAGUCGAUCGCCUCAACUCCAAUCUCUCUCCCCAGAUUCGGAUUUUCGGGUAUAAGCGUGUUACGGCGUCGUUUAAUGCCAAGAAGUUUUGUGAUCGUCGUAGGUAUGUUUAUCUUCUACCUGUUUUUGCCCUUGAUCCUUGUUCGCAUCGUGAUAGAGAGAGUGUGUUGAAUAGUUUGGGGUCUGAGAAUGAGCUUGUCAAGUGUUUGGAGUGUUCGGAGAGAGGUCGAAAAGUCGCUGGUGUAAUGGGUAAACGAAGCUUCGAACCCAAUUCAGGCAUUUCGUCGAACAAUGGAGCUGCAUUAACGAACUCUGAAGUUGAAGAGGCAAUUGGGGUGGUUCCUUUGGAAAAAUGUACUAAUGAUAAUUCAAACUCUGAUGAUCAUAAAGAGGAAAUGGGGGUUUCUUUGGAAAAAUGUAAUAAUGAGAAUUCAAAUUGUGAUAAUGUUGUUGUUGAUGACAAUGAGGGCGCUAAUUUGGUUCCGCAAGUGGUGGUUGAAGAUAAGAAAAUGGAGGGUGAAUCGGGUUUGUGUGGCAAUGUGGAGGAGAAACCGGAAAAACUUAAUGGGUUUUGUUAUGAUGAGAAGGAGAGAGAAAGGUUUAAUCGAAUUUUGAAGCGUUACGAGGGAACUCACAACUUCCAUAACUUCACAACCAGAACUAAAGCUGAAGAUCCUGCGGCGAAGCGAUUCAUUAUUUCCUUCGAUGCGAACACUAUAGUUUCUGUUCAAGGAAUUGAUUUUGUUAAGUGUGAGGUUGUGGGGCAGAGCUUCAUGCUUCAUCAAAUUCGGAAGAUGGUUGGUCUUGCGGUUGCAAUCAUGAGGAAUUGUGCUCCUGAGUCGCUGCUUGAAACCGCUCUGCAACAGGAUGUUAACAUUAACGUGCCUACGGCUCCUGAGGUUGGGUUAUAUUUGGAUGAAUGUUUCUUUGCAUCCUAUAACCAGAAAUGGAAAGAUAGUCAUGAAGAGCUAUCUAUGAAAGACUAUGCAGAGGAGGCAGAGGACUUUAAAAUGAAUCAUAUUUACUCUCAUAUAGCAUCAACAGAACAUAAAGAAGGAGUUGCUGGUCUGUGGUUGCAUUCGCUGAACUACCGCAAUUAUCCUGAUUUACGCAUUGUGAGCAAUGGAGGGACCUCUGACACAAAAUCUUCUGAGGUAGAUGAUGUCAUGCCUGAGUGAGUUGUCUUGCAGCCAAUGGUUUUUAACACUUAUAUCGGUUUUGUAUGCCUCUCGCAUGUGUUAUUUAUGUACUUGAUGUUCACUUAUAUAAACUUUUGUUGUUUUGAUUAUAUAGCGGAAAAUAGUUGUCUGAUUACAAAUUCUUGCAUUUAAUGCUUAUAAAACUCUAGUUCUUGAAUUAGUCUGGAAGUUUUCCCCAUUAAAAUAUAUAUAUAUAUAUAUAUAAAUUGUAAUAA